AUGGGUCUUCUAAGCUCCCUCCCGAAGCUACCCCUCGUCGGGUCGAUCCUCAUAGUCCUCUGCUCGCUCUUCACCCCCACGACCGCCUACACCGAACUCGGCGACGAGGCCCUCCGCGCGAUCCCCUCGGGUGGCGAUGGUUUCAACAUUGACACCGGCUCGCUGCUGGCCCCCAUCCUGAUCCCCCGCGUCCCCGGCACCCCGGGCUCGCUCAAGGUGCAACAGCACUUUGUCGACUUCUUCCGCGCCAACCUGCCCGAGUGGAUCAUUGAGUGGCACAACUCGACAUCCAAGACGCCCGCGACCGGAGAUAAGGAGAUACCCUUCACGAACCUCAUCUUCCGCCGCGACCCGCCGUGGGCCAAGGGCGGAGAUGUCGAGUAUCUCACGCUCGUCGCGCACUAUGACAGUCUGUACCACCCGGAAGGGUUCAUUGGGGCGAUUGACAGUGCGGCGCCUUGCGCGAUGCUGCUCCACGCGGCAAGGAACAUUGAGGAAGCUCUGGUGAAGAAGUGGAAGGCAAUGGAGGCCUCAGGUGACGCUGGGAGCGGACUCGAAGAGGAGAAGGGCGUCCAGAUCAUUCUGCUUGAUGGAGAGGAGGCAUGGGUGUCGUGGACGGACACAGAUUCGCUCUAUGGAGCCAGGGCGCUCGCCAAGAGCUGGGAAGACUCUGUUCACCCUGAUGGUCUAUACAAGACACCUCUUUCGUCCAUCAGCCUCUUCCUUCUUAUCGAUCUUCUGGGCGCCCCUAAUCCCCGGAUACCAUCUUACUUCCCUUCUACGCACUGGGCGUAUAAGAAGAUGGCAAAGAUCGAACAUCGUAUGCGUGAACUGGAUAUCCUUGAAACCAAACCAAAACAUCCUUUUUUGACGGACAGGAACAAAGAGAAGGUCGGCUUCGGUGGUGGGUACGUCCUAGAUGAUCACGUACCGUUCUUGCAGCGAGGUGUCGAGAUCCUGCACAUCAUCCCGACGCCGUUCCCCGACGUAUGGCAUAAGAUUGAAGACGACGGUGUCCAUCUGGACCUACCAACAGUACGGGAUUGGGCGCGUAUCCUCACGGUUUUCGCGGCAGAGUGGAUGGAGUUGGAUGAGCACCUACCCAAGCAGAUAGAGGGUGAGGCUGCUAGCGAUUCGAGCGACGUCAAAGAUGAGCUAUGA